AUGAUGCAGUGUUCAAAAAAGCUUGUUAUGGUUCUAAAUAAAUCACAAUAUAUAAUAAAUAUAAGAAGAAAAUUUAAUAUACUAAAUGUUAUUCAUCAGUGUAAACAUGCGUCUUAUACAACAUUUAAAUAUGAGGAGAACGAAGAAGAAAAGAACACCUAUGCACAGGUAUCCCAAGACUGCUUGGGAACAGCUGUUGGUGGAAAUAGAGUAUUUGUGAUACAACCAUAUAUAAAAUGGGGUAUUAAUAAGAAAAGAAAUACUACACCUCAGUUGCAAUUAGCCGAGGCAAAAGCACUCAUUAAUACUUUAACUAAUUGGAGCGUUGUUGGUGAGAAGCUAGUUCCACUACUUACUUUGAACAAAAAUAAGUUAGUUGGUGUAGGAGCUCUUGAAACGUUGAAAGAAGAUAUUAGAAAAUGUCCACAUGUUACAUGUAUAUUUAUUAGUACAAAUUUAUUGAAAUUUGUACAAAUUGCUGAGUUGCAAAAGGCUCUUCAGUUACCAAUUUAUGAUCGUUAUUCUAUAGUCAUUCAUAUUUUCCGAGAACAUGCAAAGACGCCAGAGGCAAAAUUGCAGGUAGCUUUGGCUGAACUUCCAUACAUAAAGCAGAAAAUGAUGGAUUUAACCAAUUAUCGUAUUGGACGAAUAAACUAUACAGAAAAAAUGAAAAAUAUGCUACAAACUAGGGAAAAAAAGUUAAAAAAUGAACUACAAAGGUUAAAAGAACAUAGACAAAGGAUAAAACAGCACAGAGUUAAUUAUGGUUUUCCAAGCAUUGCUAUUAUUGGCUACACAAACGCUGGCAAGACAUCUUUGAUAAAAGCAUUAACAAAUGAUGCUUCGUUGCAACCUGAGGACAAAUUAUUUGCUACUUUAGAUACAACAGUACAUGGAGGAUUACUUCCAAAUAUGUUAAAAGUAUUAUAUAUCGAUACCAUUGGCUUUAUUCAAGAUGUACCAGAAAUUUUAAUAGAGCCAUUUAUAGUAACUUUAGAAGAUGCUACAAGUGCAGAUAUAUUAAUUCAUGUAUUUGAUGUGAGUCAUCCUGAUGUUAGAGCUCAAAUUCAACAUGUUCAGAAAACAAUAGAGACUAUGGUAGAUGAAAAUAAAGUAAUAAUUAACGUUGCUAAUAAAUGUGAUGUAGUAGAAAAAGAUGUCAUAGAAAACGUUAUACCAGAGAAUACGUUUGCCAUUUCUGCUACUAAAUUGACAGGCAUCGAUUUAUUACGAUCGAAAAUAGAAAAAGAAAUUACAAAUACACCUAAUUUAAUAAAGAGGCGUUUUAGAGUAGGAAAUGGAAGUACGGAAGCAUCGUGGUUGUACAAAGAAGCGACAGUUCUAAGUGCUGAGCCUGAUCCUAAUAAUCCACAAUACUUAAUAAUGGAUGUAUUCAUGACAUUACCUAUAUUUUAUAAAUUUAAACGAGUUUUCAAUCUCACUCGAUCUAAAUAAAUUUGUUUAAAUCUA